AUGAUGUUUUCCUCCGGUGGCAACGACGGGGCCGGACCCAGCUCAUCUGCGUCUGCCCCAGAAAUCUCCGGUAACAACAACAAGAACAAAGGGAUCGCUAGAGCUCCAAAAAGAACCUCACUCCUAUCAUUGAAUGACCUCUUGACCUUCCGACCGCUUAUUUCACCAUCAAAAUCAAACUCCCAAAACGGCGCCUGCUCUCAUGACGACGAUGACAACAGCCGCCCACCAGCUGUUCGACGUUAUGCCUCCACGUCGUCUGGGGCUUGCAUAAGCAAUCACGAAGAUCUCUUACUUCAGAUAUUACUCCCUUUACCCCCAAAGUCUCUUAUUCGCUUCCAGUGUGUCUCCAGACAAUGGUUUUCUCUCAUUUCCAGCUCCCAUUUCUGUCGUCUUCAUUCGGGGAUGUAUCGAGUAUUUUCUCUGGAGGUCGGUCUGUUCUUAUUCCGAAGAAUAUAUGGGACUUCAGAGUUCAAAGCUAUCUCUCUUCUUCAGGAUGGCAGCUCACAUUCAAUAGGUAUUCUGGCUUCCCGUUUUGCUCAUUUUCUUAAUGCAGAUGGCCAAGUUCUUGGUUUACAUUGUUGCAAUGGGUUGAUGUGGGUUGAUUUUUACUGGAAUUAUGAAGUAAGGAGGUAUUAUGUGUAUAACCCGACUACCAAUCAGUAUAGGCAAAUUCCCAUACCCGAGAUUGAUAGAUAUUCAAGAAGGAUUGAAGCUGUAAAUAUUGUUUUUGAUCCUUUGACAUACGACCAGUACAAACUUGUUUGUGUAUUUGCGAAAUUGAUAGCUGGGGAGGAUGCGUGGGGAGAAUUUAUCUUCUGGCAGUAUUCAUCUGAAACUCAGGCUUGGAAGGAUUGUGGUGGUAUUGAUAUUUGGGAUGAAACAAAUUACGGCUACUAUUUCGAGGAGGGAGUGUUUUGGGAUGGUAAUUGGCAUGAAUCGAAUGACAGUUACUAUUUUGAGAAGGGAGUGUUUUGGGAUGGCAAUCUUUAUUGGGUAAAUUCUGCCAGGUCUUUACUUUGUUUUGAUUUCGAGCUGGAAUGUGUUAGAAGCUUGAAUGUUAUGAAUACUUAUCCAGCAUCACCUAAUGGGGUUGUUUUCUACUUCGGUAAUUGUGGGGGAAGUUUGCAUCUCAUUGAUCUCUAUAAGCCAAGAGAUGAUUUUCUUAAUGUAUUUGAAUUGGAAAUGGAUAUGGGUUUGGGGAGAUACCAUUCAAGAUGGUUGCUCAAGUAUCGUGUUGAUCUUGGUCUUUUGACUGCACGGUAUCCAUUAAUGUCCGAUGAGAAGUUUGUUAAUUAUCGGGAAAAGGAAUUUCCCUUUGGUAUACUAUGUUUUCAGGUGGAUAAGAAAGCAAAUAAGGCAAAGCUUAUAAUUUCUUUACCAGGUAAAAUUAUUUCCUAUGAGAUUAGUGACAUGAUUUUUGAAGAGCUUGUUGAAAUAGAGCCUGCAUAUGUUAAAUUUGUAAGGUAUAAUAUGUCAAUAUACACAUGGAAGGAUGCCUUCAAUCAUUUUGAGAUCCUUUCUUGUGUCUGA